CUCCAAACUCCCUCCUCUGUGAAUGCUGUGCUAGCUCCCGAGGCCCCGGCCUGGGGUGGGAGAAGAGGGCACGGGCGCAGGCCAGGGGAUUUUCCCAGCCCACCCCAGGCUGCGCACAGGCUAUUUCUCCCAAAGAACAAUGGGAGAAACAGCGAGCCUGAGAAGGGUGAAACUCGAACUGUGGUAUCCCUCUACCCCGCACCCCUGUACACAUGUCCUAUCCAAGCCUGCCCUUUCUGUUUGCUGCAGCUGUGGCGCGGCCUGAGCCCCGCCCCGCCCCGCGGGUUUGCACAUGGCCCCCACCUGACCCAGUGCAGAGAGGCGGAGUAGGGUGAGGCGGGCGGCAAACACAGCGCUUUCUGUGGCUUUGACAAGCCCCCCGCGGCCCGGGCCAAGCGGUCAGCCUCCGAGACUGCACUAUGCAGGAAGCGCCAGCCACACUGCCCGCAGAGCCGGGCCCCAGCCCCGUGCCUGCCUUCCUCGGCAAGCUAUGGGCGCUGGUGGGCGACCCGAGCACCGACCACCUGAUCCGCUGGAGCCCGAGCGGGACCAGUUUCCUCGUAAGUGACCAGAGCCGCUUCGCCAAGGAAGUGCUGCCCCAAUACUUCAAGCACAGCAACAUGGCGAGCUUUGUUCGGCAACUCAAUAUGUAUGGUUUUCGGAAGGUGGUGAGCAUCGAACAGGGCGGCUUACUCAGGCCCGAGCGUGACCACGUCGAGUUCCAGCACCCGAGCUUCUUGCGUGGCCGCGAGCAACUACUGGAGCGCGUGCGGCGCAAGGUGCCUGCGCUGCGCUGCGACGAUGGCCGCUGGCGCCCGGAGGACCUGGGCCGGCUUCUGGGCGAGGUGCAGGCUUUGCGGGGAGCGCAGGAGAGCACGGAGGAGCGGCUGCGCGAGCUCAGGCAGCAAAAUGAGAUCCUGUGGAGAGAGGUGGUGACGCUGCGGCAGAGCCACGGACAGCAGCACCGCGUCAUUGGCAAGCUGAUCCAGUGUCUCUUUGGGCCGCAUCAGACUGGGUCCAGCAGUGCGGGAGCUAAGAGAAAGCUGUCCCUGAUGCUGGACGAGGGGCGCUCCUGCCCAUCCCCGGCCACACUGGGUGCCUGCCCCCUCUCUGGCGCCCUCUUGCAGGACCCCUACUUUAUCCAGUCGCCCCUCCCAGAGACCACCUUGGGCGUCAGCAGUCCUCACAGGGCCAGGGGCCCCAUCAUCUCUGACAUCCCAGAAGACUCGCCGUCCCCUGAAGGGCCCAGGCUUUCUCCCUGCACUGGUGACAGGAGGGAGAAGGGCCUGGCAUUGCUCAAGGAAGAGCCGGCCAGCCCCGGGGGGGAAGGCCAGGCCAGGCUGGCCCUGGCCCCAAACGAGUGUGACUUCUGCGUGACAGCCCCCCCACUGCUGCCUGUGGCUGUGGUGCAGGCCAUCCUGGAAGGGAAAGGGAGCUUCAGCCCCGAGGGGCCCAGGAAUGCCCAACAGCCUGAACCAAGGGGUCCCAGGGAGGUACCCAACAGGGGGCCUCUGGGCCCAGAGAAGGAGGGGCAGUGCCCAGAGAGUCUCCAGCCUCCGAUGCUACUUCGGGCCCCACCUGAAAGUGUGGAGCCUGCAGGACCCCUGGAUGUGCUGGGCCCCAGCCUCCAAGGGCAGGAAUGGACCCUGAUGGACUUGGACAUGGAGCUGUCCCUGAUGCAGCCCUUGGUUCCACAGAAGAGUGACACUGAGCUGGCAGUCAAGGGGUUAAAUUCUCCAGGCCCAGGGAAGGCCUCGACCCUUGGGGCCCCACUCCUGCUGGACGUCCAAGCAGCUUUGGGAGGCCCAGCUCUCAGCCUGCCUGGAGCUUUAACCAUUUACAGCACUCCUGAGAGCCGGGCCUCCUCGCUGGGCCCGGGGGCUGACUCCGCCCCCUGACCCCUCUCCAGUCCAAAGCCGGCCUGGCUGAGGGCUGGCCUGCAGCCUCACGCCCUUCUCUGCCUCCUAGCGCCCCCUGGCGGAGGCUGAGAGAAGACCCUGCUACCCCUUUCCACUACCAAGUUAUGCACAUAAACCGCAUUUUUUCCUGUG